CUAUGAAGAAUUUAAAAAGAAAAAGCAAAUAAAAAGAAAGAGAAAGAGAGAAAAAAAAAGAAAAAGAAAAGUCUCUCUCUCUCUCUCUCUCUCUUUCUCUCCCAGAUUCUCUCUCCUCCUGCGGAUCAUAUUUUUAUUUCUUUCACUUUCCUUUGGUUUUCUCGGCGGCUUCAUUCGAAUCGUUUUUUCCUUUUUUUUUCUGGGGGAUAAAGCUUCCUCCUUUCCGUUAACGCCAUGUCGGACAAAGGCCGCCCCUUGCCCAAGUUUGGAGAAUGGGAUGUGAAUGAUCCAGCAUCAGCAGAAGGUUUCACAGUCAUAUUCAACAAAGCUAGGGAUGAGAAGAAGACCGGUGGCAAGCCAGGAUCGCCUGGUAAAUCCACUGAUGGUCAUGCUAAGUCCGGAGGAGGAGGAGGAGGAGAUCCUAGUAAAACCCAGCCUAAAAAGUGGCUCUGCUGCAUGCAAUCUCCAGCAGUGGACUCUUGACGGACACAAAAAUUGGAUUUUACUUGCUGCCAAGUAAAAAAAAAAAGAAGAAGGUUACAUUGCUUAGACAUGUAAAGCAAUGUUCUUUUCUUUUUAUGUUUUAUUGUCUUUCUUGAAAGUAUCCACACCACAACAACAAAAAAAGUUCUUAAGAUGAUUUGGAGGCCCCCUUUAGUAUUCACGAUAAUGAUUUUCCUUCUUCUUUGAAGUUGUUUGUUAUUCUAAUCGUGUUGCAACUUUUAUUGGAAAAAAAAAAAGAAAAAAAAACAUAGUUAUUGUGUGUGUA